AUGAGGAAUCUAGACAUUCAGACAGCCAGAAUUCUAGAAGAUUUGUUAUUCUUCAACAACUCUAGACGAAUUCGGAGUAUCACGUCACAGCUCUGGGUGUAUAUCGAAACAGACCCAUUGAAAAUAUUUUACACUGACCAACCUAGUUACAUAACGAAGGGGUCUGAAGUUCAUCUGACAUGCUUAGUGAUUGGUGGAACCCAUCCUGAUAUAACUUGGAUCGGGCCUCUGGGGACACUUCCAAUACAUUCUCACACAACAAAUGACGACAUAACACUGGUUAUUCCUAACUUUGACGAUUCCCAUUCAGGUCAAUAUAUCUGUUUAGUGUCUGAUGGUUCACAGUUUGUUAAUCAUAUUUUCAACUUGAUCGUCGACGCUGAACACUCGUGCAAACUUCCCACACAGACACUACCGACACAAGUCACGUCUUUAAAUACAUUACCAAUAGUGACCAAAGCGCCAGGGCCUCCUCAUAUCGUAUCAGUAAAUGUUGUUCCAAAUAUCAUUCGUUACGGUGACAAUGUUGUAGCAACUUGUAACGUGAUCAGCUACCCACCGUACGACAUUUUCAGCUGGAGUAUGAUGGUACCGGUUGGUGAUGAAAAUUCAUAA